UCCCUUGUCCACCUGCACAUAACGAGCCACAAGGAGCCCGAGAGCCUAGAGACUGACAGCGUGUCUUUGGAAAGCCUGAAAGAAGUAGAACUACUUCUUUAUUUUGAUACGCGCUGUACCGGCGAGCAGCGAUGGUUUGCGGCGGAUUCGUUUGCACCAAGAACGCACUCUGCGCUCUGAAUAUACUUUAUGUUUUGGUGAGUCUGCUGCUUAUCGGAGUGGCAAGCUGGGGGAAAUGGUUCGACCUGGUUUCCAGCAUCAGGGUGGUGGUGGCCGUCAUCGGCGUGGGCGUCUUCCUGUUAUUGGUUGCCUUUGUGGGGCUGUGGGGGGCCUUGAAGCACCAUCAGGUCCUGCUCUUCUUCUACAUGGUGAUCCUGUUCAUCGUGUUUGUCGGGCAGUUUUCUGUGUCCUGUGCUUGUCUGUCCCUGAAUAAAGACCAGCAGAACCAUCUGCUGGAAGUCGGAUGGAACAAAUCGGAGGCCACUCAAAGGGACGUAGAGAAAACACUCGGCUGCUGUGGCUUCUCCUCUGUUCCCAUCAAUGGUUCCUGUGCUACUAGAUGCUAUAACGGCAACACUCCAAAGACUUGUAAGACGUGCUCCGACGUUAUCCAGCAGUACGUCGGAGAAGUGCUUCGCUUUGUGGGCGGCAUCGGUCUCUUCUUCAGCUUCACAGAGAUCCUCGGAGUUUGGCUCGCUCACAGAUACAGAAAUCUCAAAGAUCCUCGAUCAAAUCCUGGAGCCUUUCUCUAAAUAAACAGAAGAAAUAAUUGUUUUUCCUCUUACCUUUUUGUAAAUCACUCCUAUCUGGACAUCUGUAAGAUUUAAAGUCAGACGAACCUUUGGCCAUUACCGGAUAACGUAAAAUAGUAUAACAGUAACGCAAGUAGAGAUGAAAUGCCUCACAGCUGAUAUUACAUAACUUAGCCUAACAAGGCUGUAACUACAGAACGUCUGAGUGAGCAAAGGUCUUAUGGUAAAGGUUUUAAUGCUCAUGAACUCAACAGUUUGCUUUCAUAUUUGCUGAUUGAUUGAAAUUAUGCAAUGUGAAUUGUUGCUGUGAAGAUUUGUCUUUCUUUAAAGGAGUAGUUUAACAUUUCGGGUGAAGUAAGCGUCUUCUCUUAGAUUUGAUACCACCGUCGUGUCUGUGAGGUAAAUGUGAAGCGACAGCUAGCAGCCGGUUAGCUUAGCUUAGCUUAGCUUAGCGUAAGGACUGGAAACAGGCAACAAAAUCCACCUGCCAGCACCUCCUGUGUUUCACUAAUUAACACGUUAAAUCUUGUCUGUUUUUAAUCCAUACAAAAACUGUAAAAGUGAAAGACUUUUGUUUUUUCGGAGGGUUUUAUGUGCCAGAACAUUUCUUAGCAGAGACAAGACUUCAAGCUAAGGCUAGCCGUUUCCCCUCGCUUCCACUUUUAAUAUUAAGCUAACCAGCUGCAGGUGGUGGCUUCAUAUUUACAGUCGUAUUAAUCUUCAAAUAAGCGUAAUUCCCAAAAUGUGAAACUAUUCCUUUAUGUGAAACUUGUAGGCUGAGCGUCGCCUCUUUAAUUCUAAUCCGUCUCAAAGAGAUGGAGGUUAACAGCUCACUGUACACACACACCUUAUGCAAAUAAACUGCAGGUCAGCACCAUGAUGGCUGGAUGACUGCGCUCACCACUCCCAGAGAUUAAUGUAUCAUGGGUGACCUCACACAUUGCUGUGUUUUGCAGACAGUGGUUUUGGGUGUAGGAUGUCAUAACGGCAGGAAAAGACCAAAAGAAAGACAAACCUGUUGCAGCUCGACAGACUUACUGUAAUGAAACCAGGUUUGUUUUUGAUUUAUAUGUGUAUUUAUUGCUCUUGUUUCCUGUUCGAAACGUAUGUGAACACGAUGAAUUCCUACUAAAUCAUGUUUCAUCAUAUUCAGUAAGAGUUGCAGUGAAAGAGUGGAACAUGUUAUGUUUUGCUCGUCAGUUUUGGUGCUGAUAGAGAGCUGUUUCUUUCACUCCGGAGGAGGAAACUUUGUGCCAUGUGACUGGUUUACAUUCCUCACCCCAAACAGGAUGCCAACCAGGAAGUGCACACGGUUUAGAUUCCUCUGAAUGUUGCUACUGUCCUCAGGCGGUCCAACCUGUUCACAGAUGUUAACUCAGCUGCUGCACUGCCAUUGUACAAUAAAGUCAUUGUGUGUCAACCAUGUAUUUAUCUGCACUCUAUAUUUAGAUCUGUUUUGUAAGCCCAUCAUUCUCUUAUAGCAUGUAUUGGUCUAUCACGGGGUAAUAAUUAGACAAACUAUUUAAGUAUGCUUACAAGUGUUUGGUUGAAAGACAAACUUAUAGGGAUUGUUUUAUAGUUGAAGAGGUCGUGCAGGGAAGAAAUAUAAACACGCUAUUGGUGCAAGAUUUGAAGUGUGGCUCUUUGCUCGUAGUCCCAUCCUAACUUAUAAUUGCUUUGGCUCAUAAUGCUCCUCAUGUGAGCAAGUGUUCAAUCGUAUUACAAAUGCAACAUGUGUGUAUAAAUAUUUUCAGUUACUUAAACAUUA